AUGGCUGCGCCAGACGAAGGCACCCACGAAGCCGACUCGGCCUAUCCGCCGGGUGGGCUCAUGCGCCCUCCGACUGCGCACGCCGCGCCAUACAGCAGAAAUGGCAUUCUACUAGACAGUGGUACCUUUCCCAAAAGCCAAAUUUGGACCACAUGGCCACUAGACGCGCGCACGGGAAUUCCACCCGCCGGUCACCGUGUGCAGUUGGCCUUGCAGAACUUUCCAGUUGACUCCGGUAAGUAUGCAGUGCGCCUACCGGACGACAGCAGCGGAAAUGCGAGAUGGACUUGGCAUCAGCCCAUGUAUAUGCAGAGUUUCUCUCGAUUCGGUGUACCGGUCCAUGCAGCAUCUCGGGACUGGAGGGCUCUUCAGAUCCAAGCCGCGGCGGAGCAACGAGAGCAGACGGCGGCUCGAGAGAUGACAGACCACACACAAGGAUUCGAUCGCGUGGUGCAGGCGCAGAGAGCAAGAGAGGUCGCAGACGUGGAGCAGAUUAGGCAGGAGGCGGCACGGCGAACGGCAGAAAUCGAGAGAGCUAAACAAGCGCAAUCAGAGUUUGCAGCGCAACAAGCCGCGAGGCGAGCAGGACGGGAGUUGAUCGAGGAUCAGUCCGUAGGAGCCCUUCAGACGCCAGCAGGCGGUAGCAGGCUUCAACAACAGCGCUCUCAGGAGUUGAGCGGGAGGAAGAUCGGUCCUCCGCCACAGUCAAUGAUAUACACCAAUCCUCAGACUCCGCCAGUCGGCAUGCCCGUCCCAUCGCUACGUUCGCAAGGUCCGGUAGAAAAGAGCAAAAGUCGCGCAAGCGGCAUCGCCAUUCCCUCGUCCGAGGAGCCGGAUGCAGUUGACACAAGUGCAGACGCCGAGCUUCGCUGCACCAACUGUCUGAGGAGCAAGAAAGGCUGCGAUAAGGUGAGACCAGUCUGUGGCCGGUGUCAGAAGAACGGAAUUGGCCCAGAAGGAUGCCUCGCGGUCGGCCACAAGAAGCGCAAACGCUCUGGAGAGCAAGAGAGAGCCACGCCUGGUCUCGGAUCAUUUCGUACGCCUGCCAAUCCGAGCUCCGGCGUGCCGAUGCCCAGCGGUGGAAGCCAGAUUCACGGAACACCAAUGGCAACGGCAACGCCGUCUCCAAAACCACCUCUCGUUUCUUCGAAGCCACUCGAACAGCUUCUGGAUUACAGCCCCGGCGUUUCAAUGCCCAGCGGUGGAGCUCAAGCCCGCGCUCGUGCCCCAGCGGCAACAUAUAACACGCCUUCCAAACCACCUCUCGUCCCUGGUAAGCCAAUUCAGCAGCCUCGGGCAGGUCUUGGAUCGAGUCCGGCAAUGCCUGCUAGCGACGGACCACAACAGAAGACCAAGCGAGAGCAGGCAACAGCGGCUGCCAAGGCACCUCGGCCAACCGUAGCUCCUUUCACUCCGCAUACAGGUCGACUUACAGAUGCAGCGCUCUCAUCUAGCAGCGCUUCUCGCCCACCCACCGCUGCCUCUAAGCCAUCGGCAACGCCCAUGGCCUCCCCUACAAUUGCCAGCAGCGGCAGAGGUAUGAAGGCCGCCAGGCUGGAGAAAGCAGAGACUCCCAAGUCGCAACGAUCUCGAAACAUAAACACCAAAAGCAACGCACAGGCACAGGCAGAAGCUGACGAGACAGCAAAGAUCUCCGUACCUCAACCAUCCAAAAUCACCACAGCCAACGGGCUGACGACACUGCACCUGACAAGCUCUUUCUCAGACGGGACAGCCCAAGCCACCGGAAAGAAAGAUUUCGAGAACGACAAUGCCUGGCUCGUGAAAGGAGUUGCGACGAGAUGGGCCAGUCUACUCGGAAUGCCAAUCAAAGGCAAAGACCUGGAGUAUCGGCUCGAUCGAUUGCCGACUGGGUACAGUUGCUACGGCAGACAUCGGACCAAAGCCAAGGGUAGCCAUACCGAUCGAGAGAUUUGGGGUGUGCCCAAGGGGAGGAGAUACCUGCGGUCGAUCAAUGAGUACUGGCCGCAUUUUGAGUGGUUGCAGAAUGGGGGAAGUGGAACAUGCGGAUGCAUGUGCUGCUCGAAAGAGACCAAAGGCAGGCGAGACACGGCAGUCGGGGAGGCAGGUGGUGCGACGGACGAUCGCAUGACGACUAGAUCCGGAGCCGGGGCAACAGAGGGUGCUGGACAGGACCUCCCGUCGUUGGUCCAAGAGGAAGAGGAUGACGGCGAAGCGGAUGCCGAAUUUAAGGAAGAGGAUCGCUUUUACACUGCCCCAAGUCGCCAGUCGAGCGGCGGCGUCAAUCUGCGGAACAGAUUCUUGCAAGCCCAGAGCAACAUGUCUCCAAAGAUAUCUGGUUCUCCCAGUCAACAGUUGGGACGACGUGACUCGCGUAUGGAGGGCGGUGACGGAGAUGUCUUCUUGAGUGGGUAUGGAAACCGGAUGCAGCAGUGA